AUGCAAAGCAACACAACCACGACCACCUCUCACUUUGUGCAGUCGUCAUCAUCGGCUACAUCAUCAUCAUCAUCAAGCCUUUUAGAUAUAUUUAAUUUUACCAAGCCUGUAUUUACAAAACUUUCCUCCGUAGUGGUGUUUCCCUUUUUAUCGGGUGUAUUCUCUGCUUUGGGUGAAUACUCCAUGAGAUUUAUUUAUUCAAAAUUUCAACAAGUGUCAAAGAAGAAUAACAGUACCGAAUUUGAUCCUCUAGAAACAUUUGUUACCAAUGGAAGACCAUUAAACACAUUAAAAAGAAAAAAGAUUUAA